UGGGCCCCGAUAAUCCCUGCCCCGGGCCGUCCCACAUCCGCCCGGUGGGCUGUGUCCCCCAACCCACACUUCUGGCGACACCUGCGGCGGCCGCCCUUCCCCACCGCCCCUGGACGAGGACGACGCCCAGGGCACUGGGCACUGGGCACCUACCCGACGACGCGGCGGCACGAUGAGGCUGGCCGCGGGCUGCUUGUUGCUGUGGCUCGGCCUGGGCGGAGGGCAGGUUCCUCCGGGCCCCGAGGAGGCCGCCGAGGAAUCCUAUUCGGACUGGGGCCUGCGGCACCUCCGGGGCGGCUUCGAGUCCGUCAACAGCUACUUCGACUCCUUUCUGGAGCUGCUGGGGGGGAAGAAUGGCAUCUGUCAGUACCGGUGCCGGUACGGAAAGGCACCGAUGCCCAGACCGGGCUACAAGCCUCAGGAGCCCAACGGCUGCAGCUCCCAUUUCCUGGGUCUCAAGAUGGACCUGGGCAUUCCAGCGAUGACCAAGUGCUGCAACCAGCUGGAUGUCUGCUAUGACACCUGUGGCGCCAACAAGUAUCGCUGUGACGCCAAAUUCCGCUGGUGCCUCCACUCCAUCUGCUCUGACCUCAAGCGCAGUCUGGGCUUCGUCUCCAAGGUGGAAGCAGCCUGUGACUCCCUGGCCGACACCGUGUUCAACACUGUGUGGACCCUGGGCUGCCGGCCCUUCAUGAACAGCCAGCGGGCAGCGUGCAUUUGUACCGAAGAGGAGAAAGAGGAGUUGUGAGGACCAGGCGGCCCCUUUCGGGGGUUCUCCGCUGUCAGCCAUGGAGCCGACAGCCUGGCAGGUGUGCCCUGGUAUCUUCCUGCCAUUUGGAUGCCACAAGACAAGAGACCGGAAGGGCUGUCGGAACGUCCUUUAGAGGGGAAAUUGACAAAAAAAGCUGUGAAGUGACUUGAAAGCUGUUCUCUAGUGCUGCUCUGCCUACCCCAGCUGCUCCUACCUGGAAACUUGCGGACUAAACCACUAGCUGCCCCUGCCGUUCCAGGACCUGAUGGGGAGUGAGGUUACCAAGUGGAAGGUUGGGGAGCCCAGCCAUUUGGAACGCAGUGACUUCCCUUGGGCCCUGGGGUCGCCAGUAAGCAUCUCACAUUCAAUAAAGUGUACUUUUCAGAACAUUUGGAAAGACAUGAAUGCAUUCCAUUAUCUCCAGAAUGUUUCCAUGUGACUUGGAAGAAAACAGAAGUCCACCUGGUAAUCCUGCUGCUGACCACAGCGGUGCUCACGAGGCCACAGACAAGCUGGUGCACAGGGCAGUCUUACCUGGGAAAGGCCACGGCCGUCGAGUCAGGUGGAACUAGAGCUCCGGAGUUCCUCCCGUGGGCAUUUCCAGCUCCAGAAUGGUGUUGGGGCUGCUGGUGGAGACUGCUAAGAAGCGCCCAGCAGCCCCCCUGGGCGAGA